UCCUGCGCAGGCUCCGCUCCCUGUUCGCCCCCGCCCCUCCGCACGUCCUGCGCAGGCUCCGCUCCCUGUUCGCACCGGGUGACCUGCUAGCCAUGGUCAACCUGGGUCUGUCCCGGGUGGACGACACCGUGGCCGCCAAGCACCCGGGACUGGGGGAGUACGCCGCGUGCCAGUCGAAGGCCUUCGUGAAGGGCAUCUUCACCUUUGUCACAGGCACCGGUGCAACCUUCGGCCUGCAGAUGUUCAUUCGGAGGAAGUUUCCGUACCACUUCCAGUGGAGCGUGCUGGUGGCCGUGGUCACAGGCUCAGUGGCCAGCUACUGGGUGACCCGAGUGGAAUCACACAGAUGCAGCAACCUUUGGCUCUUCCUGGAGACGGGGCAGCUCCCCAAAGACAGGGGCACAGAUCAGCUAGGAGAGCUCCAGCUGGGGCGCAGAAGACCUGGGGCCGGAAACUUCUAGAACAUAGCCCUCAGGGCCUCCUCACCUCAGCCUCGCCCCCCAACACACACACCCUAAGGUGACCCAACGGUGUCCCCUGCACACAUGCAUGGCCAGGUCUGCCAACCUUGUGCAAACCUUUCUCCUGCCCAGGUCAGGCCAGAGGGGCUGUCUCUGCAGUGGUUGGUCUCCCAGAGGGCAGUGAGAAACAUGGUGGACACUGAGAGCUGGAAAGGAUCAGAGAGGCCCUGGGCACUUGGUGGAAGGGACUUCUGCAUGCCCUGGUGCUCUGACACUCCCUGUCUGACCCUGGCGUCCCCCGCAGUCAGAGGGGACAGCUGCUGCUGGGGUUGCUGGAUAAAUAAAUACCUUGCGUUUUCCCAA